GAUGCUGCGUCAGACCUGCCGCGACUUCGCCGAGAAGGAGCUGAUGCCGCUGGCCGCGCAGCUGGACAGGGAGCACCGCUUCCCGGCCGAGCAGGUGCGGGCGGCCCCGCCGGGCUCCCCGGAGCGCCGGGGCCCGCGGCAGGCUCUGCCCUGCCUUAGUGCAACCGUUCUCUGGCUUAGGACAACUUUGUAAGCUUAGACCAGCUUCUGUCGGAGGUGUUUGUGUGUGGAGGUUGUCCCGGCCGCAGCACGUUGAGCUGUUUACCGUGCAUCUGGCUUUAGGACCGUUGGGUUUUCAGUGCUCUCACCGACUUUCCUGUGGGUUGUAAUGUCACUGGUCUAGCAAAUCAGUGAAAUAAUUUUAUAGGCUGCACGUAGCCAUAAGCCAUAAACCAGGUUAUAGUGAGGAAGUGUAGAUGAGCUGAGCGCAUUUCAGAUGGCAGGUCGGGAGAUCAGAGCUGUGUGUCGGGCAUCCUCAGAGGCUGUAAGCAAACUGAGGUUCCAUGACUGGAGGAAAGCAGCAGACGAACAGCACGUUCUGUGCUGUGUCAGGCAGAAUCACUCACCUGGCUCAUUGCAAGGAAAUACUAAGCUCCAGAAAAACAUGCACUGUUAACAGCCAAAUGGCUCUGAGCAGGCACAGUCAGGUGUGUGGGCUUUGUCCUCUUAAGGAGGCAGGAAGAGAGCCAGAAAUGUCAUACUCCAAGGAAUUCUUAUCUGAGAAUUUUAUGUUAGAUUCUGAGUCUUUUUGUUUGCAGGUGUUAGGGAAGAGUCCAGCGUUAGCAGGGUUUAUGAAGGCAAUAUCCAUAGAACUAGUUUCUGCCUCUGUGCAGCCUCUGCGUUUGACAUGAAGGACGAGUGUGUUGGGUGCUAGAAAGGAGGGAAACUAGUUCUGUAAAGGUCCCUCUUGAAGCAAGCAGAGGCUGGCAACAGCUUAUUUCUGCAGCACCAGGAGCUUGACAUCUUAAACGUAAAACCAGAGGAAAGUUUGUUUUUUCUCUUGUAUGUUGCCAAACGUUAACAAGAGAGCUGGAGUGAGACAGUCAGUGCUCGGAGGUGCUGCUGGUGAGGAAGGCACAGGCCAAGCUGAGGACCUGGGAGUGGGGUAAUGUGGAGUGUAACCAGCCAUUACAUUCCCUGCAGAGCGAGACCUGGUUUGAAUGGGAAUGAAAAAAAAUCACCUUCUUGCAAACUGUUCUGUGGGUCAUUGAUUCUGUAACAUUCUUUCCUUGUGCAGCCCUAGGCUGAAGCUCAGCAGACUCAAAGGUAAAGCUCCAAUGAUUUUAUCAGCUAGAUUUCCCAGUGAGAGCUUCCAACUGACAGGAGACAUGGGAGGGGAAAAGCUUUGGUGGGAGGCUGGGGAGGUGCUGGUAGGAUUGUGUGUCCCUAUUCCACCUUCCCAAGGCUGCUCCUGUCCUGGUACUGAACAGAGCUCCUUCCGUGAGCAAGAGCCUUGUCUCAGGCAGCAGUGGCUGCGGACGGCUCUUGCUGGAGCCCCCGGGACAUGGGGACACAGCGGUCUGUACAGAGUCCUGUGUCACCAGGAGUUGGGUGCAUCUCUUCCUCCUGAUGUGGCCCUGCCCUGCCCCACCGUCACCUCCCCAUGUGUGCGCGUGCCUGCGGGAUGGUGCAGAGGGUCUCACUGCCCUGUUCCCUGCCUGCAGGUGAAGAAGAUGGGGGGCUUGGGGCUGCUGGCCAUGGACGUGCCGGAGCAGUACAAGGGAGCAGGCCUCGACUACCUGGCCUAUUCCAUCGCUGUGGAGGAGAUCAGCAGGGGCUGUGCCUCCACCGGCGUCAUCAUGAGCGUCAACAACUCUCUGUAUUUAGGGCCAAUACUCAAGUUUGGCUCCGAAGAACAGAAGCACAAGUGGAUCGCUCCCUUCACCGGCGGGGAUAAAAUUGGGUGCUUUGCCCUUAGUGAACCAGGGAACGGCAGCGACGCAGGCGCGGCGGCGACGGUGGCGCGGCUGGACGGGGAGCACUGGGUGCUGAACGGCACCAAGGCCUGGAUCACCAACGCCUGGGACGCCUCGGCCGCCGUCGUCUUCGCCACCACGGAUAAAUCCCUGAAGCACAGGGGCAUUAGUGCCUUCCUGGUUCCCAUGCCGACAGCUGGCCUGUCACUGGGGAAGAAGGAAGACAAGCUGGGAAUCCGAGCCUCCUCCACUGCCAACCUGAUAUUUGAGGACUGUCGGAUCCCCAAGGAGAACCUGCUGGGGCAGCUGGGAAUGGGCUUCAAGAUCGCCAUGCAAACCCUGGAUGGAGGAAGGAUUGGUAUUGCCUCGCAGGCUCUGGGAAUAGCACAGGCAGCUCUGGACUGUGCUGUGGAUUACGCUGAGAAGAGGAUGGCCUUUGGGUCACCCAUCACAAAGCUACAGGCGGUGCAGUUCAAGCUGGCAGACAUGGCCGUGGCGCUGGAGGCUGCACGUCUGCUCACCUGGAGAGCUGCCAUGCUGAAGGACAACGGGAAGCCCUUCACAAAGGAAGCGGCGAUGGCCAAACUGGCUGCAUCAGAAGCUGCUACAGCCAUUGCUCAUCAGGCCAUCCAGAUCCUGGGGGGGAUGGGCUACGUGACGGAGAUGCCGGCAGAGCGGCACUACCGCGACGCGCGCAUCACCGAGAUCUACGAGGGGACCAGUGAGAUCCAGAGACUGGUGAUAGCGGGGCAGCUGCUGAAGGCCUAUCGCAGCUGAGGGCUCUGCCAGAGUCAGACCCUGCCCCACAGGGCCUCAGCACGCUGCCCAGCAGCGAGCCAGGCUGGGCCCUCGGGGUGAGGCCGCUGAAGUUUUGCCUCUGCAAUGAGUAACUGACUCUUGUUCAAUGUGCUGAUUCUGCUUUGGCCAAAGCACGGCGGGUGGGAGCCGUGUGGAGGUGUGUAAGGGGGACUGUGAGGGCAGGAGGGAGGAGGCAGCCUGGGCUUGGACAGGAGCGUAGGUCUUUUCCUAAACUGGGCUUUGGGUCAGUUUGGUAGCAGCAAAGUGGCUGUUGGCCAGCAGCUGUCCUUGGGCAUGUCCCCAGCAGCUGUCCUUGGGCUGCAAAGGUUUGUUGCUCCAUGGCACCGGAGAAGCCGUCGGAGGCGGCGGGACGCAGCCCUGGGCCCCAUCCUGCUGCAGGGGACCCCACCUCUGCUGCCCAGGCUGAGGAGUUCCAGUGGGAGGCCGAGGGCACCUCGCAGGCAGCCAGCAGGUCAUGGGUGUCGCUGCACAGAGGCUCCUCUGUGGCUGCUCCCUGGGUAGUGAUGAAAACCAAGGUCAGGCCUCCCCUCGCUCUUGGCCAGCUGAGCCCGGCAGCAUCCUCCCUCAGCCACUUACUGAGGGAGCUGUAAAAGCAAAGGACACAAAAGCUGCAACAUCUCAGGCUGGUUUAAAAAAUAAACCCCACCAAAACCCUCUGCUCCCAAAGCUGCUUCAGCUCCAGCAACUACCCCAGAGGAAAGGAAGUGCAUGAAGUGGCAGUGACAGCCUUGGACAACAAGGAGCAAAGGCACAGACGACACAGAAAGCCUUACCAGGAAGCUUUAUCAGUAGCACAUAUCCUCAAUCAGUUAUCCUUGGCAAGACAUUAACUUCUAGAAGAAUCAACAGCCAAGAGAAAAGCUCUGAACUUGGGAAAAGAUGGAGAGGAUGAAGAAGGGCCUGUCCCUUGUCCCAAGGAUGGAUGCACGAGAGGUAAAUGGUUCUUUUCCCGUGGUGCUGUUAAUUUAGGUUUGUGUGGAAAGAAACACAGCAGGAUUCUAUUGCACAUAAGAGAGAAGACAAAUAAACCUGAUUUAAAAGGG